AUGAUAGGUAGUGUAUACAAAAUUGUUAAUGGUCAAACAAUAUAUAAUGAACAAAAUAAUCCUGCUGUGUGGGGAGGAGCAUGUCAGAAUGGAACGAAACAAUCACCAAUUAAUCUUGUCAUAAAUAAAGCUAUUUAUUUAGAUAUGAAUCAACUAGCAUUGAAUUAUCAACAAUAUGAUAUUCCACUUGGAAAUGUUACUCUAACAAAUGAUGGCUUAUCAGUUGUUGUCGACUUUCAAAAAUCUCAAAAUUUUAUGCCUGGUGUUAGAUAUUUAGGAAAACAAUAUCUAUUAGAUUCAUUUCAUUUUCACUGGGGUGGUUCUGAACAUGAAUUUAAUGGUAAACGAUUAGAUGGUGAAAUUCAUUUAGUUCAUCUUUCGAAGCAAGAGGAAAUAUUAGUAUUGGGUGCAUUACUUCAGAAAACGGAUUCUUCUAAUAAUGCCAUUAGUAACAUAUUUCGUACAAGUACACAAAAUAUACAAAAUUUUAAUACUACAACUACAUUGGAUUUUUCAUCUACUUCUCUACGAGAUGUACUACAGAAUGUUAAUCUGCUUAAAUAUUUAACAUAUGAAGGCUCUUUAACAACACCGAAUUGUAAUGAAGGCGUCAGAUGGAUUGUAUAUCGUGAUAUUAUUCAAGUUGACGGACAAGCUGUAUUAUUUUUAUUCGAAGCUAUUAGUGGUCAAACAAUCUAUGAUGAACAAGAUGAUUCUGAUGUAUGGCCAGGACAAUGCCAGAAUGGAGGGAUGCAAUCUCCUAUUAAUCUUGUCAUAAGUAAAGCUUCAUAUACAAACCAAUAUGCAUUAUAUUAUCAGCAAUAUGAUGAACCUAUAGGAAAAGUUCAGUUGAAAAAUGAUGGUAAAACAGGUUCUUUAACAACACCGGAUUGUGAUGAAGGCGUCAGAUGGAUUGUAUAUCGUGAUAUUAUUCAAGUUGAUGCACAAGCUAUUGAGGGCUUAAAACAACUCGAAAAUGAGAAAGGAAACAAAAUUUUGUUCAACUACAGGAAUAUACAACCACUUAAUGGAAGGACGGUUUAUAAAACUUUUAUUGGAAGAUGUCAAACCAUUUAUGAUGAACAAUAUAACCCAAAUAUUUGGCCUGGAUUAUGUCAAACUGGAGAAAAUCAAUCACCAAUUAAUAUUGAUACAUGCCAGACUUCAUAUUUAGAUAUGUCGCUCUCCUUUCAAAAUUAUGACGUUUCAAUUGGAGAAAUUGAAUUGAAAAAUGAUGGUAAAUCAAUUCAUAUAACAUUUUUAAAUCCAGAUUUUCAUCCUGCUGUAACAUUUUUUGAAACAACUUAUAAUCUAACACAAUUUCAUUUCCAUUGGGGUGAAUCUGAACAUGCUUUUAACUACAUACAUGAAGAUGCAGAAAUUCAUUUAGUUCAUGUUAAUUCUACGAAUAAUAUAUUAGUACUAGGCGUAUUACUUAGGAAAAGUGAAUUUCUCAACAACAUAAUCAGCGACAUAUUUGAUCAUAGUGUGCUAACUAUUACAGAUUAUGAUGAAGAAAGCACACUAGACUUAAAUGAUAAUUUAACGAAUCUUCUCGAUAACAUUGAUUUUCAGAAUUUUGUUUUUUAUGAGGGAUCUUUGACAACACCAAAUUGCAAUGAAGGUGUCAAAUGGAUUGUUUUUCGGGACGUUAUUGAAGUGAACGAAAAUUCGGUUGAAAAUUUAGUACUGAUGGAAGAUGAAAAUGGCUCAAACUUAUUAUUUACCAAUCGUGAUAUUCAACCAUUGAAUAAUAGAGUGGUUUACCGAUCGUGUUACCAAUGUUAA